AUGGAGCUGGAAGCUUCGGAAGCUCCGGCUCUUCCUCGUUCUUCUUCUUCUCCUCCUCCUCCUCAGAAUUCCAGAACUUCCUGGUAUUCCUGGCUGAAAACGGUGUUCAAGUUCAUCCUCGGCGCCAUAAUUUUGGCGCUCACCGUCUCGACGGUCUCCAUGAAAUUCCCGAAAAUGCUCCAAGAUUCGGGAGUGGCGAAGCCGGAGUGCGACACUGUGCUCACCCUGAUCCACGCGUAUUCGGUCGUCUGUCCCUGUCUCUACUACGGCGCCGCCCACAAGUAUCUGGGACCGUUUGCGAAGAAUCGCCGCAAAACGAUCAUUGUGGGUCUCACCACGAUUGUGAUUUGCACACAGCUGCUGAUGGGCGCGGUCGCGUUGAAGAGCGAUGGAUUUGAGGUAUGAGCCAAGCGCGGAUUAAAAGAAAAGAGGGCGCAUGCGUGUGUGAGAAUUAUUCAUGUGAAUCAAGUGAGAGGAACUCUUUGUGCACUUACCUUUGAUUUGUUUUGUUUUGUUUUGAGAGCGAACAUUCAUCCGUACAAGGUAUUUUGAAACAUGACUUACAUGAUUCUGAAGACCGUUUUGAACUGAUUGUACGGUUGAAACUAGUAGAACUCUCAAGAAAAGAGCAAGAGAACAACAAAUUACAAAUCAAAGGUAAGUAUUCAUUUAUUGCAAAAAUGUGUUCCGAAUUCAAAUGUCAACGAAGCUAAAUGUAAAUAUUAUAGGGGCACCGAACAGAAAGGGCGCUCUGUUGAGAAACUCUUCUUGCCGUGCAAAUUGAGCAACCUCGGGGCCGAGUUUGAAAAGUUAGGCCACAUUUUCAGUGGAAAAUUACUUCGCGGCCUAGAAAUUCGGCGAGAUUGCGAACAGAGCGCCCUUUCUAUUCGGUGCCCCUAUAAUACAACCGACAAAACACCACAUUUGUACCUUACCGAACUACACGCUUUCCAGGCUCGAACCCAAAUAAACUUCCGCCUCGGCUUCGCCCUCAAAUGUCUCGUUUUUAUCAAUGUAACCGCACUAACUCUCGCGCCACAGCUCUUCUACGGAAUGUACGUGGACGCGAUCGCGCCGCAGUGCUCCGACAAAGUCAGUCCGUACUUUCUGAGCAACAUGGGCUGCGCGCUCAUCCGAUUCUUCACCUUCCUGCCCAUUCUCAUCGUUUGCACCUUAUUUGUGAGUGGAAUUCAUUGUUUUUGUUUUGUUUCCCAUUUUUCGACAUUGCUGAAUUUACGAACGGGGUAUUUCAGUGUGAAUGCGCUCUGAGGCCAUUGUGAUGUGUCCAAAACAGUCGAAAUUUUGUUUAGCGGCAUAACAACUAGGCCCCUAACAACUAGAGCACAAAAAGAGCGGUUUCUCAACAGAGCGCAUUCACAUUGAAAUGCCCCGAUAGUAUGUUUGAAAACUGGAAAUAUUUUCAAUUUUGCAGAGCGGAUCCGAUAACUAUCACGCUUUUUUCACCGCCUUCCUCCCGCUCCUAUCAAUCAAUGUUAUGGCUCAUGCUCUUGAGGUAAAUUGGCAAAUCUAUCGAUAGUUUGGCCUAAAAUUCAAUUUUUCAGCAAUCUCCGCAUCACCCGCUUUCCGUGAAUCGUCGUGACGAAUCUGAAUAA